AUGCUAGAAAUAGCACUCCUUGCGCCUCAGCUUCUCUUCGGCUCAGCACUGUACUUCUCUAUAUAUCAUUUGGGUGUAUUGAUGCUCAGAGCUAAGAAGAACCCUGUUAAGAACAUUGAAGUGUUUUCAGAUCUUGAGGCGCUAGAUAAACUUGUCUUCUGUCCUCUCCUCGGCAUUGCUGCGCCUCACGAUGGGGUUUCCUUUGCUUCUGCUGCUGCACCUCCUCCUCCUGCUGCUGCUGCUUCCGGCUCGGCAGCAGCUCCUGCUGCUGCUGCUGCUGCAGCUGCAGCAGCUGCUGCUGCUGCUGUUGCGCAACAGCAGCAGCAGCAGCAGCAAAAUGAUGCACCGGGGCGCUACACUCAGCUGCAGACGGAGAGGUCUGUGCAGCUUUUCGGAAGUCUAGCAGCAGCAGCAGCAACACCUGCUGCUGCUGCUGCUGCUGCUGCUGCUUUACCUGCUCCUCCGGCUUCUUCUUCUCCUGCUCCUGCAGGGGCAGCAGCAGCAGCACCAGCAGACAAUGCUGUUGGUGCACUGGUAGCGCAUGCACCGCAGCAGCCGCCUGAAGCGCCCUCAGCAGCUGCAGCAGCAGCAGCAGCAGCAGCUGCUGCUGCUGCUGCUGCUGCGACAUCUGGGGAGAAGAUGAAGGGAUCUCCUCCUUCUGUAGCCAGCAGCUUCAGCAACAGCAGCAGCAGCAGCCGCAGAGACAGAGAGCAGCCGUCUGUACGGCCAGCAGCAGCUGCUGCUCUUCCUUCGCAUCGGGGCUCUCAGGGAAGCAUAGCAAGUGCUGUCUCUCCCAGCAGCAGCGACGCUGUACAGCAGCAGCAGCAGCAGCAGCAGCAGCAGCAGCAGCGAGGUUCACUAGCUAGCGCCUUUGGAAGCUUCGCAACGUCGUCAUAUACUCCUGUUGCCUCGCCCAGACACAAACCGCAGCUGCUGCUGCAACAGCUGCAGCAGCAGCAGCAGCAACAGCAGCAGCUCCAGCAACAACGCAGCCAGCAGCAGCAGCAACAGCAGCAGCAACAACAACAGCAGCAGCAACAACAACAGGAGCCGCAAGAGCAACAGCAGCAGCUGCAGAAGCAGCAGCAACAGCAGCAGCAGGAGCAGCAACCGCAGCAGGAGCAACAGCAGCAACAGCAACAGCAGCAACAGGAGCAACAGCAACAGAAGAUACAAACUGCUUCUGAGCCCUACCACGGUGCCUCCCCGCCCCGCAGAGACAGAGAGCAGCCGUCUGUACGGCCAGCAGCAGCUGCUGCUCUUCCUUCGCAUCGGGGCUCUCAGGGAAGCAUAGCAAGUGCUGUCUCUCCCAGCAGCAGCGACGCUGUACAGCAGCAGCAGCAGCAGCAGCAGCAGCAGCAGCAGCGAGGUUCACUAGCUAGCGCCUUUGGAAGCUUCGCAACGUCGUCAUAUACUCCUGUUGCCUCGCCCAGACACAAACCGCAGCUGCUGCUGCAACAGCUGCAGCAGCAGCAGCAGCAACAGCAGCAGGCUUGCUUGAAGAGCGCAGUGGAGUUCCACCGCCGUUGGUUCUUCCAGCAGCUGCAGUAUCAUAGAAGGAUUACGAGGAGUCAGCAGCAAGCAGCAGCAGCAGCAGCAGCAGCAGCAACGCGAGCCGAGCGUAAACGCCAACUCAGAGGCACCACCACCCACUGCAGCAACAGCAGCCGCAGCAGCAGCUGCAGCAGCAGCAGCAGCGGCAGUAGCGGCAGCAGCAGCAGCAGCAAAGCGAGGUGGCGUGCUAUCUACCGCCCUAGGGGCAACAGGAGCAGCAGCAGCAGCAGCAUCAGCAGCAGAGACAGCUUUCUGGGGUCAAGCAGCUACAGCAGCAGUUCUUGUGGCGAGAGCGACAGCAGCAGCAGCAGCAGCAGGAGCAGCAGCAGCCCCAUGCAACGAAAGCGGUGGCCGAGGUCUUAUCGUUGUGAUUGUCGAUGCCACAGCAAAGCAGCAGCAGCAGCAGCAGCAGCAGCAGAUUGCAAGAGUGUAUGUGUGGGGGUGCCGGCCUUAGCUAAGCCCUCAGCUGCAUACGAAGGUCAGCAGCAGCAGCAGCAGCAGCAGCUGCAGCAGCUGCACUUGCAUGCAUUGCCUUUCUUUGCUGCUUUCCUCCGAGCGACUCGACGGGCCGCUAGGAGCGUCAGUGGGAGUGAAGGCGCAACAGCAGCAACAGCAGCAGCAACAGCAGCAGCAGCAGCAGCGCAGCAGCAAACCAACGCUUCCUGCUGCUGUGACGGCAUUUGUGAUGUAUGCGCAAUCAGCGUCAAUCUGCAGCUGCAGCCAUUUGCCUACCCUCUCCAGCAGCAGCAGCAGCAGCAGCAGCAGCAGCAGCAGGAAGAGGAACAGCAGCCGCAACAGCAGCAGGAUGCAACAGCACCUGCUGCAAGCAGCAAGAGCAAGAGCAGCAGCAGCAGCAGCAGCAGAAGCGGCUGCUGCAGUGCAUGCGUUGAUAUUCAUCGCUGUGCUGCUGGUUUAUAUGUUAGGAAGAGAGCGACGAAGAGAGACAGAAGAAGAAGAAGAGAGACACUCACCGUAGCUACACUAGAACCUGUAGAGCUCAAUGAAGACAGCAGCAGCAGCAGCAGCAGCAAUGAAUUAGCCUCCCUUCUCAGCAGCAGCAGCAGCGAUGAAGAUAACACCAACAGCAGCAGCAGCUACUGCAGCAGUAGCAGCAGCUAUUGUAACACCGGAUGCAGCAGCAGCAGCUACUGCAGCAGCAGCAGCAGCAGCGGGCUGCUGCGCCGAGGUGUUCGAGGGGUUUCAUCGCGAUUGCAUGCGCUGUUGCAUGCAAACAGCAGACGAAGCCAUUCUCUAUUAAGAGACGCCCCACAUACCCCAGAAGAAAGCUCAGGCAGCAGCAGCAGCAGCAGCAGCAGCAGCAGCAGCAGCAGCAGCAGCAGCAGCAGCAGCAGCAUAAGGAACUCCGCUUCUUGCUACAGUGUAUGUACAAUGGAAAUGGAAGACAGACACGCCACCAGCAGCACAAGCAGCAGCAGCAGCAGCAGCAGCAGCAGCAGCAGCAGCAGCAGCAGCAGCGGCUGUAGCAGCUCAGGGGCAGUCUCCAGGGAACAACCAGCAGCAGCAGCAGCAGCAGCAGCAUCAGCAGCAGCAACAGCAGGAGCAGCAGCAGCAGCAGGCCGUAUGGUUUGUGUUGCUGCGUCUCACAGCUCGCAGCUGCCGUUUUCUGCAGACAGCAACAUGCAGCAGCAGCUGCAGCAGCAACCUGGGAGACAGCAGCAGUCCGCGCAAGGCGGAGGAGCCCCUCCCCCAGCAGCAGCAGCAGCAACAGCAGCAGCAGCAGCAGGAGGAUGGGGUGGAGAUGUUGAGAGGAUUUUAUCACGACCUCGAGAGCGCAGCCUGUCUCGCUCGCAGCAGCAGCAGCAGCAGCAUUCUCACAUAUCUCUUCAGCAGCAGCAGCAACCGAAGCAGCAUUCUCAGCAGCAGCAAGAGCAGCCUCAUCAUAAUCCGCAGCAGCAUGCACAGCAGCAGCAGCAGCAGCAGCAACAGCAGCAACAGCAACAGGAUUUGGGUGAAGAGCAGCAAGAAGAGCGGGUGCUUCGAUAUCACUUUGCGCCUAAAGCACAUGAGCUUGUAAUUGCUCGAUUAUUGCUGCAGCCUUUGAUGUCAUUCUUCGUUCUGUCUCCUCUCUGGUUCCCUCGCUGCUUUAAAGGCAGGUGGUAUUGCUGCUUCAUCGAUACUUCUCAGUUUGCUCUCGGAGAAGGAUAUAAACUCAACAGACUCUUACUACUCGCCUCAGCACUACAGCUGUUCUUCCCUCUGUUAGAUCAAACAUUGCAUUUGUUUCUGCUUCCAGGUGUAUCGUCAGUUUGUCCGUUUUUAGCUGCGAAGUUUGGAGGUCCUAUGAUGUUUGAGAUAAACCGGCGCCGUUUGUUUUGCAAAUAUGUACUGCCCUAUUUAAUGUAUCUUGAAGAAGUAGCUGUUGUAUUGUACGGGGCAGGCAGAGGUGAAGAAGGUGAAAGCGACUCAAGUCAACCUAGCAACACUCCACCGCUGCUGCUGCUGCUGCAGCAGCAGCAGCAGCAGCGGCAGCAGCGGUUGGAGCAACAACAGCAUAGAGGAGGGGCAGCGGCGGAGGCAGCAUCUACUGCAGCAGCAAAAACAACUACUGCAGCAGCAGCAGCAGCAGCAGCAGCAGCGGAAACUCCUGCUGCAGUAGCAGCUGCAGCAACUGUUGCAGCCGCCGCAGCAGCAGCAUCUAUUGCAGCAGCAAAUGCAGCGUCUUCUGCAGCAACAGCAGCAGUAACUAUUGCAACGGCAGUAGCAGCGUCUGUUGCAGCAACAGCACCUUCUGUUGAGCAAAAUCUGGUGCAGCAGUAG